UCAACUGCAUAUAAACAAAUAAAAAAGUAAAUAAUAGAACGACUAGAUUUAUUUAAAUAAUUUUUUUGGUAGCAGCUGCUUAAUGCUGCAGCCCUGGUCCUCGAAGUUAACGUGACCAUUUGAGUGUUUUAACAGUGCCAUUUCGAGUUGAGUUACUGUUAAAUCAACAUAAGCGUAAAAACGAAAAAAAAAAAAAAAAAACGCGUCGCGCUGCACGCAAAGCGCAAAUUGUGUGAAAAGUGCGAAAUAUUUAACGCAAAUUCCAGUGGGAAAGUUAGUUUCCAAUGACUUUAAGUGACAAACGUUAAAACAAACGUGUAGCGUUUGUCUAAACAGCGUUAUAUAGAUCACUGCCUCAACCGUCGAAGUCGGCGUUUUUCACUUGUUUUUACGCACACACACGCGCGUGUAUGUGUUUGCGAUAGUGAGCGUGUUUGUGUGUGCGUGUGUUUCUGUUUCUGAAAAAAAAAAUCGAUUCGCUCGUAAUUUUCGACUCUAAUUGUGAAUUUAAACAAUUAUAUUGCUAUGCUCAGUCAACGCCGGCGUCAGCGUCAGCAGCGCAGCCUAACAUGUGUUGCCUAACUGUUGUUGUUGUUGGCGUUGCUGCUGCCGGGGCUGCGGCUGUUGUUGCUGUUGUCGCCGAACGGGUCCAGCGACUGCGUAGGCGGGCCUGAACACUAGCCAGUUUAUAUGUUUUAGUAACAACAACAACAAUAAUAAUAAUAACAACAACAACACCAAUAAUAAUAACAACAACAACACCAAUACCAACAACAAUUCAACAGCGCGCGUCAGUCGGAAAGUUGAAGCAACAGCGCAUUCUAAUUGGACUCUGUCCUAUGUUGCACUGUUAAUCCCCCUCACCCCACUCGUCCACAGACCGUUAACCACAAUAACCAAAAACUGCAGCAGAAGCAGCAGCAACAAGCAAAGUUUUGUGACUUAGCGGUUUUUAUAUGUAUAUGUAUAUGCAUGUUUGUGUGUGUGUGUGUGCGAGUGUUUUAUGCACAGUUUCAAUAGUGAAAUAACAUUAUAUUCUGUUUUCUGUUUUGCAAAGUGCUCCAAUUGGAAACUGAUAAGACAUACACUGACCAUGCCCAUUAAAAGGCGUUAAUACUGAAAUUUGAUAACAUUAAACAUACUUGGAAGUGGAGUUAAUCUAUGCCGCUACAAAUGUGCUGAUCGAAACGCUUCAGCUGCCUUAGAGUUUAGAUGCGAGCAACGAGAACAACAAAGGUCGAAAAUUAUGGCGAUAUUUAAUAACCGCGUGCAGCGUCGCUUCGACGUCGACAGCAAGGUUUGAGAGAGUGCGUGCGAGAGCGAGACAGCAUAUCAGCAAAGAGAGUAAGUCUGAUCGAGCCAAAGAGAAAGAGAGUGCGCAAGCAUAUCAAAACUUGAAAUUCAACAAGCAGCUCUCGCCUAACUGUUCAACAGUCACAAACUCCCCCCACAACCAAUACCAAUACGCACGCCACCAGCUCCACUAUCUCACUCACACUCACACUCCUUGGCAUACAUAUAUAAUGGGUCUGCAGGUGGCAGCCACUUUUGUUGCAGCCAACUUGUUUGCAGUCCUGUUGCUUACCUGGAUGCCAGCGACCGUCGAUGCAGUCCAUGCAAAUUUUUCGGAUUUUCCCUAUAUACAAUAUCUGACACAUCCACCGGAGAUCAUCAAGAAGCCGCAGAAUCAGGGCGUGCGCGUUGGGGGCGUGGCCAGCUUCUACUGCGCGGCACGCGGAGAUCCGCCGCCCUCCAUAGUGUGGCGCAAAAACGGCAAAAAAGUAUCAGGCACUCAAUCCCGUUACACGGUACUGGAGCAACCGGGCGGUGUUUCCAUACUGCGCAUCGAGCCAGUGCGAGCGGGACGGGACGAUGCACCAUACGAAUGUGUCGCCGAGAACGGAGUGGGCGACGCCGUAUCCGCAGAUGCAACUUUAACCAUAUAUGAAGGCGAUAAAACACCCGCAGGCUUUCCGGUUAUAACGCAGGGCCCGGGCACACGCGUCAUCGAGGUGGGCCACACCGUCCAAAUGCAAUGCAAGGCCAUUGGCAAUCCGGUGCCCACCAUCUAUUGGAUCAUCAACCAGACCAAGGUGGACAUGACCAAUCCUCGCUAUGUCAUUAACAAUGGUGUAUUGCAAAUCAACAACAGCAGCGAGGAGGAUCAGGGCAAAUACGAGUGCGUGGCAGAGAACUCAAUUGGCACGGAGCACUCGAAAGCAACCAAUUUGUAUGUGAAGGUUCGUCGCGUCCCACCCACGUUCUCCCGCCCGCCAGAGCACAUAAGCGAGGUGAUGCUGGGAUCCAAUCUGAAUCUGUCGUGCGUAGCUGUCGGGUCACCCAUGCCGCACGUUAAGUGGAUGAAGGGCGCACAAGAUCUGACACCGGAGAACGAUAUACCCAUAGGUCGGAAUGUUUUACAGUUAACUAACAUACAGGAGAGCGCGAACUUCACCUGCAUAGCUGCCUCCUCGCUGGGCCAGAUCGAUGCGGUAUCCAUGGUCAAAGUGCAAUCACUGCCAACGGCGCCGACGGAUGUGCAAAUCUCCGAAGUGACCGCAACGUCGGUGCGUCUGGAGUGGUCGUACAAGGGACCCGAGGAUCUGCAGUAUUAUGUCAUUCAGUACAAGCCGAAGAAUGCGAAUCAGGCCUUCAGCGAGAUCAGCGGCAUUAUAACCAUGUACUAUGUGGUGCGCGCCCUGAGUCCUUAUACGGAGUACGAGUUCUAUGUGAUAGCUGUUAACAACAUUGGGCGUGGCCCGCCCUCGGCGCCAGCGACUUGCACCACGGGCGAUUUCUCAUUCGGUGGCACAAAAAUGGAAAGUGCGCCACGUAAUGUGCAAGUGCGGCCGUUGAGCUCCUCAACGAUGGUUAUUACUUGGGAGCCACCAGAGACGCCCAAUGGACAAGUGACCGGCUACAAGGUGUACUAUACGACCAACCCGAAUCAGCCGGAAGCCUCCUGGAACUCCCAAAUGAUUGACAAUAGCGAAUUGACAACAGUGUCGGAAUUAACGCCCCAUGCCAUCUACACAGUCCGUGUGCAGGCGUACACCUCAAUGGGAGCCGGUCCUAUGUCCACCCCGGUGCAGGUGAAGACACAGCAAGGUGUGCCAUCACAACCGAGCAAUUUCCGGGCCACUGAUAUCGGCGAGACCGCAGUCACAUUGCAGUGGUCCAAGCCGACUCAUUCCAGCGAGAACAUUGUGCACUACGAGCUCUACUGGAAUGACACAUACGCCAAUCAGGAUCAUCACAAGCGCAUUUCGAGCUCCGAGUCUUACACGCUUGAUGGUUUGUAUCCCGAUACCCUCUACUACAUCUGGCUGGCGGCACGUUCGCAGCGCGGCGAGGGCGCAACAACCCCUCCCAUUCCCGUUCGCACCAAGCAAUAUGUACCAGGUGCUCCGCCACGCAAUAUUACGGCGAUUGCGAACAGCUCGACAACGAUCGCGCUGAGCUGGCUGCCUCCGCCCGCGGAGCGCUCCAACGGCCGGAUCAUAUACUAUAAGGUGCUGUUCGUCGAGGUGGGCCGGGCGGACGACGAGGCGUCCACUCUGACCCUGAACAUGACCGAGAUUGUGCUCGACGAGCUCAAGCGCUGGACCGAAUACAAGAUCUGGGUGCUAGCCGGCACCUCUGUAGGCGAUGGUCCGCGCUCCCAUCCGAUCAUAACGCGCACCCUAGAGGAUGUGCCCGGAGAUCCGCAGGAUGUCAAAGCUACGCCCCUAAACUCAACAUCCAUACAUGUGAGCUGGAAACCGCCUCUCGAAAAAGAUCGGAACGGCAUCAUUCGAGGCUAUCACAUCCACGUGCAGGAAAUGCGAGAUGAGGGCAAGGGCUUUCUCAACGAACCUUUCAAGUUCGAUGUGGUCGACACGCUGGAAUACAGUGUGACCGGCCUGCAACCCGACACAAAAUACUCGAUUCAAGUCGCUGCUCUGACGCGAAAGGGUGACGGCGAUCGUAGCACUGCGGUGAUUGUCAAAACCCCCGGAGGGGUGCCCGUACGACCGACAGUAAGUCUUAAGAUCAUGGAACGCGAACCAAUUGUCUCUAUUGAACUGGAAUGGGAGCGACCGGCACAAACAUACGGAGAGCUGCGCGGCUAUCGCCUGCGCUGGGGCGUCAAGGAUCAGGCACUGAAGGAGGAGAUGCUCUCCGGACCACAGAUGACCAAGAAACGUUUCAACGAUCUCGAACGCGGCGUAGAAUACGAGUUUCGUGUAGCAGGCAGCAAUCACAUUGGCAUUGGCCAGGAAACAGUCAAGAUCUUUCAGACUCCUGAGGGCACACCUGGCGGACCGCCGUCCAAUAUAACCAAACGCUUCCAAACACCCGAUGUGCUUUGCGUCACUUGGGACCCACCAACGCGCGACCAUCGCAACGGACUCAUCACACGGUAUGAUGUGCAGUUCCAUAAAAAAAUCGACCAUGGGCUGGGCUCAGAGCGAAAUAUGACACAGCGUAAGGCGGUAUUCACCAACCUGGAGGAGAACACCGCGUACGUUUUUCGCGUGCGGGCGUACACGAAACAAGGCGCCGGCCCAUUUAGUGAGAAGAUGAUUAUAGAAACCGAGCGGGACAUGGGACGAGCUCCAAUGUCCGUGCAGGCGGUGGCCACCUCCGAGCAGACAGCGGAAAUCUGGUGGGAGCCGGUGCCAAGUCGUGGCAAGCUACUAGGCUAUAAGAUCUUUUACACCAUGACGGCCGUCGAGGAUCUAGAUGAUUGGCAAACGAAGACCGUGGGUCUGACCGAAUCGGCGGAUCUGGUCAAUUUAGAGAAGUUUGCCCAGUACGCUGUGGCCAUCGCGGCCAGGUUUAAGAAUGGACUGGGACGUCUCAGUGAGAAGGUUACGGUGCGCAUCAAGCCAGAGGAUGUCCCGCUCAAUCUGCGUGCUCACGACGUCAGCACACACUCAAUGACCCUCUCUUGGUCACCACCCAUACGCCUUAAUCCCGUCAACUACAAGAUCAGCUUCGAUGCGAUGAAGGUGUUUGUGGACUCGCAGGGCUUCUCCCAAACACAAAGUGUGCAAAAGCGUGAGAUAAUCCUGAAGCACUUCGUGAAGACGCACACGAUCAACGAGCUGAGCCCUUUUACCACCUACAACGUAAAUGUGAGCGCCAUUCCCUCGGAUUACUCCUACAGACCGCCGACGAAGAUAACGGUGACCACUCAAAUGGCUGCCCCACAGCCCAUGGUCAAGCCCGAUUUCUACGGCGUGGUAAAUGGCGAGGAGAUAUUAGUUAUACUGCCACAGGCAUCCGAGGAAUACGGCCCCAUCUCGCACUACUACUUAGUUGUGGUACCCGAGGAUAAAUCCAAUCUGCACAAAAACCCCGAUCAGUUUCUCACCGACGAUCUGCUGCCCGGUCGCAAUAAGCCAGAGCGCCCCAAUGCACCAUAUAUAGCUGCUAAGUUUCCACAGCGCUCGAUACCCUUUACCUUCCAUCUUGGUUCGGGCGAUGAUUAUCACAAUUUCACCAAUCGCAAGCUGGAGAGAGAGAAGCGCUAUCGCAUCUUUGUGCGCGCCGUUGUAGAUACCCCGCAGAAGCAUCUGUAUACAUCCAGUCCCUUUUCUGAGUUCUUAUCGCUUGACAUGCGAGAGGCGCCGCCCGGCGAACGUCCCCAUCGACCUGAUCCCAACUGGCCCUCAGAGCCGGAGGUGUCCGUAAAUCGCAACAAGGAUGAGCCGGAGAUACUGUGGGUGGUGCUACCCCUGAUAACCGCCUUUGUUGUCUCAACCACACUGAUCGUGCUGUAUGUGGUUAGGCGUCGCAGGCAGCCCUGCAAAACCCCAGAUCAGGCAGCUGUUACGCGUCCUCUGAUGGCCGCUGAUUUGGGGGCUGGUCCAACGCCCAGCGAUCCGGUUGAUAUGCGCCGACUAAACUUCCAGACGCCUGGUAUGAUCUCACAUCCGCCCAUACCCAUCUCGGAGUUUGCCAAUCACAUUGAGAGACUUAAGGCCAAUGACAAUCAGAAAUUCUCGCAGGAGUACGAGAGCAUCGAGCCUGGCCAGCAAUUCACCUGGGACAAUUCCAACUACGAGCAUAAUAAGUCGAAGAACCGGUAUGCCAAUGUCACCGCCUACGACCAUUCGCGUGUCCAGUUGCCCGCCCAGGAGGGCGUCCUCGGCUCGGACUACAUCAAUGCCAACUACUGUGACGGCUAUCGCAAGCAUAAUGCCUACGUAGCUACCCAGGGACCGUUGCAGGAGACCUUCGCCGAUUUCUGGCGCAUGUGCUGGGAGCUGAAGACGGCGACGAUUGUGAUGAUGACCCGGCUGGAGGAGCGCACACGCAUCAAGUGCGAUCAGUAUUGGCCCUCACGUGGCACCGAGACCUACGGCCAGAUCUUUGUCACCAUCACCGAAACCCAGGAGCUGGCCACCUACAGCAUACGCACGUUCCAACUGUGCCGUCAGGGCUUCAACGAUCGCCGCGAGAUCAAGCAGCUGCAGUUCACGGCUUGGCCGGAUCACGGUGUGCCCGAUCAUCCUGCUCCCUUCCUGCAGUUCCUGCGUCGCUGUCGCGCCCUCACCCCACCCGAAUCCGGGCCAGUUGUGGUUCACUGCUCAGCGGGUGUGGGUCGCACUGGCUGUUACAUUGUCAUUGACUCGAUGCUGGAACGGAUGAAGCACGAGAAGAUCAUCGACAUCUACGGCCAUGUGACGUGCUUGCGCGCCCAGCGCAACUACAUGGUGCAAACGGAAGAUCAGUAUAUCUUCAUUCACGAUGCCAUCCUGGAGGCCAUUAUCUGUGGAUCGACAGAGGUAGCCGCGCGCAACUUGCAUAGCCAUUUGCAGAAGCUGCUAACCACCGAGCCGGGCGAGAGCAUUUCGGGGAUGGAGGUGGAAUUCAAGAAACUCUCGAAUGUCAAGAUGGACUCCUCCAAAUUUGUAACCGCUAACUUGGCCUGCAACAAGCAUAAGAAUCGUCUGGUUCACAUUCUUCCCUACGAAUCGAGUCGCGUGUAUCUAACUCCCAUCCAUGGAAUUGAGGGCAGCGACUAUGUCAAUGCCAGUUUCAUAGAUGGCUACCGGUAUCGUUCGGCCUAUAUUGCGGCUCAGGGACCUGUUCAGGACACCGCCGAGGACUUCUGGCGCAUGCUCUGGGAGCACAACUCCACCAUAGUUGUUAUGUUAACCAAGCUCAAGGAAAUGGGCAGGGAGAAGUGCUUCCAAUAUUGGCCUCACGAGCGCUCCGUACGCUAUCAGUAUUAUGUUGUGGAUCCGAUCGCCGAGUACAAUAUGCCGCAGUACAAACUGCGAGAGUUUAAGGUUACCGAUGCUCGUGAUGGUUCUUCCCGAACCGUGCGUCAGUUCCAGUUCAUAGACUGGCCGGAGCAGGGUGUUCCAAAGUCUGGUGAGGGCUUCAUCGAUUUCAUUGGACAGGUCCACAAGACCAAGGAGCAAUUCGGGCAGGAUGGACCCAUCACGGUCCACUGUUCUGCCGGUGUGGGCCGCACGGGCGUCUUUAUCACACUCAGCAUUGUGCUCGAGCGCAUGCAAUACGAAGGUGUGCUCGAUGUGUUUCAAACGGUGCGCAUUUUGCGAUCUCAGCGACCAGCCAUGGUGCAGACGGAAGAUCAAUAUCAUUUUUGCUAUCGCGCUGCCUUGGAGUACUUGGGCUCGUUCGACAACUAUACAAACUGAAGAAGCUAAGCAGAAGAAGUAGCAGGAAAAUGACCAGAAUUUGGAGUUGAAGUCCGGGCUACAGAGCAAAAACAUUGUCAACUCCAUGUUCAUGUUAAAUGUUGCAUGUUCGUUGUUUUCAAUUGUACGCAUAAAUACGCAUUUACGAUAAAGACGGAUACCUUAACUUUAAAGUAUUAUAGCCAGAUACUGCCCACAAAUUACUUACUUAUAUACUAUGCAUAGUACGAGGGUAGUCUGAGGCCGAUCUUAAGAUAAAAGGGUAGCAAAAUAAAAUGUUAUUUAAAUGAAUAGAGAGUUAUUGGUAAAUCGGAAAAGCUCUCAGGCUAUCCUCGCUUAUAUAAAUUUGAAUAGCCAUUUCCUUAUCCCUAUUUUGAUUAGUUUUUAGCAUCUCUUAUCACUCCCGGUCUUUGAUUUUGGUAUAAAAUGUAAACUCAAGAAGACUGUUACAAGUUUAAUUAUCAGUAAUUUAUACUUAAAUGCAUAUAUAUCCCUAUACCUACAUAUAUAUAUAUAUAUAUAUAUAUAUAUCAAGUGUGUCCAUACAGUUUUUGCUCGAACUAAUCAAAAUAGUCAAUCAACUUGUUGUGGUGCGGCGGGGCGACCCGCUCACUGAUUAACCUAUACAUAUUUGAACUAAGGACUUGGUAGCUUUUAAAAACUUACCGCAUAAACGAAUCUCAAGAAAAGAAAAGAUAAUUCUAAUGAUAUGAAAUGAAAUCAACCUAAGCUAAAGGUCGGCUAGAACAGAUGGUAGAGCAAUGUAGUCCAAAAUCCAAUUAUCAUAACAAUUAUAUAUACAUAUAGUAUAUAUAUUUACAUGUAUCUGUAUCUGUGUGUACAACAAUCAAUCAAAUAUGUUUGAUAUGUUUUUAUACUUGACAUACUUAAAAAGUCCGCCUAGGUUCAGUAUAUAUUCCUGUAUAAAUCUAUUUAUAUGAAGCAAAAGCAAAUGUAAACCGUGCAAUUAGUAAAAAGUCUUGCGUAGUGCAUAUCUGUUAAGACGCCUAGUUAAAAUUAGUUUAAAGAUUAACUUUAAUUAGCGGGCAGCUUUUCUACUUUGUAACAUUCCCCAUAUGCAGCUAUAUAGCUAACGAGUGCUAUUCAAAUAGUAACGAUCAAACCCCUAGAUCUUUGUACUUGAUUAAUGUGUUCUUUUUUUUUCGUUUUAUUAAAUUAUAUAAAUUCUAUUUUGGAAGUCCAUUUGACAUUCCUACCCAAGUCUAAUCAUAAGUGCAUCCGUCUUAAUUUUGUUUAUAAUUAUAUUCCUGUAUAUACCACAAAACCCUGCAGCUAUAUAUGUAUAAGUAAAUAGGAUCCUACAGCUAGAAAUUAUGGUACCUAACGUAUAUGAACAAGGCAGCAUAGAGAAUACACCCAGCCGAUUAAGGGGAUAGACGAGUAAUAAGAUAACUGUAGAUAUAUAUUGUAGAAUACUUAACAUAUAUAAACCGCAAAAUACGUCUAUAUAUUAAUAUAAAUCGCACCCAUUUAAACCUACUCUAAAUCUACAUCCGCAUGGCAUUAUGAACUAAGAACUAUUAUAAUGUAUAUACAUAUUUGAUAUGCUGCUCAGUCGGCCGAAAAUAUUUAUAUAUAAUGUCGUUAGCAAGCCAAUGCAUAAAAGCAAAGCAAAAUUAAAUAUUAGACAACUAUUUAGCCACAUGUUAAAGAUCAAUAGAAGUAAUACGUAUGUACACUACAGAUAUAUACACGUAAAUAUAUACGCAUUGUGCAUAAUGCAUUAUAGACAUAAA